AUGCCUCCCGUAUAUAAACAUGAUGAAAAUGCGGAUAAUCUUUCUAGCGAUCCACCAAAAGGCCUCGUCGGUCUUCAAAAUCUGGGAAAUACUUGCUACAUGAACGCAUCUCUCCAAGUUCUGUCACAAUGUCCGCCGUUGACAGACCUGCUCCUCUGUCCACCUCCGUUCUUCAGAGGUGACCCCCCAAAAUUAGCUACCGCUUACACAAACCUCUUGAGUGAGCUAUGGAGCUCCACUAGACCAAGGGUUGCCGUUCCGAAUUCUGUUUUGAACGCAAUAAGGGCUGUGCAUCCAAUAUUUCGAGGAUUUGCCCAACAUGACUCGCCCGAGUUUAUUCGGGCUUUUCUCAAUGACCUCCACGAGGAACUGAAAGUUACUGCCGAGGAAGAUUUAUCCAUAGAGGAUGACAAAAGUCGUUUUAUUCACGCCCUGCCCAUCCACGUCAUAAAUCCGAUUAUUCAGCCUGCUGUUAUAGUAGGCAGUGGUUUGUGUAAAACGGGUGAAAACUGGGCCAACGGCGAGUUCGUUUGCAUCAAUGCAAUGUGUCUGUUCGUAUAUGGCCGUAAUGUCAUCCGAUAUGGAGCUGGGAGCCAAAUCUGA